AUUCAGAUAUUAUUACUUUGUUUAGUUAGUUCAUUUAGUUGUCAAUUUGUGAAAUUCACGUUCUGACGGACGCGUAACCGCGAGUGUGUUAAUUCGAAAUAUUUAUAUUGGGACAUUUUAUCAUGUAAGUGAUGAGUUGUACCGAAAAUGAAAGUGGACCUUUUGUCGUAUUCUUCCUACCAGCGGCUCUUGGGUGCUUGACCAUACUUUUGGCCCGGCGGUGGGCUUACUCUCAGGUUAGCACUACUUCGUCUACUGCCGUCUCAAGACGGCGAAAAAUUAUAAAAGACCCGCUUGCAAAACGAACCUUACCCCCGAUAGCCUGUAAAAUGGUAGCUCCUGGUCCAAAGAAAGUUUCUGGAGGAACUAAAAAGGGAGCUGCAACACCUCUCAUGGAAGAUGAUAUAAGCAAUGGAAAACGGGCUAGAUCAAGACUAUCGCCAGCAAAAACUUCCCCAGCAACAGAUGUUAAGUUUACAGAGAGUCCUCUGCCACCAAAACACAUACCUUUUCCAUACAUACCACAAGAUGGAGAGCUACUCUUUGAAAUUAUGAACUUUGUGUUUACACUUGUAGCUAUGUGUUUACAAUUCUUGAACCUGUAUAGAACAAUGUGGUGGUUACCACACUCAUACACAACACAAGCUAUGAAUUUCUAUCUCAUUGACCCGCAUCUAGUUGCAUUUAUAGUGACAAUUAUAUGUAGAAGACUACUAUUAAGUAUAAGCCUUGCACUUCUUAAAUGCAUAUUAUCUCCUAAGAUGUUACCACAUGCUACAAUUGCAGCUAGGAUGUUUAUCCUGGGUGUAGUUUUGGGUGCACUGUCGUGGUGUACAUAUUUCAUAAUGCUCAAAUAUCCACUUGUCAAGAUUUUUUAUCUUUGUUAUCCGGCAGUGAUAUACUUUAUAUGCUUCGGAAUAAACUCUACUCCAUUUCUUGAACUGCACAACACAGAGACUCCUCUUAUGCACAGUUGUUCUCAUGAACCAGAACAAAUACGGUCUGAAGUGGAAGUUCUGAGACAAGAUUUUAAUAUGAGGGUCAAGAAAAUUCUUUUCAAUUCAAUACUUGGAGCAUAUUACACCAGUUUUGUUCCAUGUUGUUUUGCUCAGUCGUACUUGCAAUACGACAGCGCGGGCGCAGCGCAACAGGUGGGACUGGUGUGGGGCGCGCUGUGCGGGCGCUACGCGGCGCACCUCCUUCCCGCCGCGCUCACGGACGCGCCGCACCGCGCUGCCCGCCACCUCGGCCGCUGGCAGCCGCUCACCGUGUCGGGCGACGUGAGCGACAUUCCGGCGUGGACGGGCACGCGCGUGUGGGGGCGCGGCGCGCGCGUGCGCGUGUCGCAGGCCGUGUACUGCGCCGCCGCGCCCGCCGUGGCCGCCAACCCCACCGACGUGCACCACAUACGUUUCUAUUCUGUGUUCAGCAAUCCAUCAAAGCUGUUGUGUUUGCUACUGUGCCUGCAGCUCUCAUUAGUUGCCAUGCAACUAUGUCUAUUAUUUAGUUCAUUUGCAUGGCAUAAUUUUAUAGCCAUUGUUAUAUUACUAUUUAUAAAUUAUUAUACACUAUUCAAAAUGGUUCGAGACUAUCUCGUCGCGUGGAAAGUGUACAAGGCGGAAAACAUGAUACAGGACAAGAAUGCAACGUUACAAGUUAAUUAGUGAGAAAAAAAUACUUAGUAUCUCUGCACACAUUUAUAAUCAGUUUGUUCAGUAUAAAAAUAACAGUAAAAUAUAUAUCUUUAACUAUAUUGUACAGGUAACAAAUGAAAUCAUA